GAUUAGGAUGGAACUGGGCUUCUGUCAAAGAAGGAACAUGACAUUGACAUGUUUGCUUGUGAGGAGCUUGUUUCUAAAACCUUGAAGCUCCCACUUCUAUCUAGUUCAUUUUCUACUGUCAAUGAUGUGAUAAAGAGCAAAGAAAUGGAUAAGAAAACUUUAGUGAGGGAUAAGGUCUUCCCUGGUCAAGCAGAAGAUGAACCAAUGGAGCCAAUUUCCACCCAAGAGGAUGGCUGGGUUGAAAAGCGAAAAGCCAAGUUGGCUGGAAAGGUUCAGGAAGAUAGAAAAGUGAAUGUGAGUGUGGAUGUUUUGGUUCAUCCAAAGAAAGAGGGCCAUUGCAGAGUAGAGAAGACUUAUGAAUCGGUAAAAGGUGACUUAAAUGUUUCCAAAGGGAGGAAAGCUCUAAAUACUGAAGUCAUGGACCAUUCAAAGCAGAAAGUCAAUCAGAAGGCUACAUCACAUGAGGUAGAUGAUAGAAGACUAUUUUCUGGGAAGGAGUAUCCAGUACCUGGGGAGAAAAACAAACAGAAGGAAAGUCACAGGACCCUGGUUGCUGAGUUUCCAAAAGAAAGCUCAAGGGUUGGUUCUUCUUCAGCGCCCAAAAUGAAGGGCACUCUUGCAAAUAGUUCUAAUAUUGAUCAAAGCAGGGAUACAUAUAGAGAUUUGUUUGGCGAUAUAGAUGAAAAGAACCAAAUGAAUUUAUCUGAACUGCUGUUUGAAGAUAAGCUUAAGGAAUCUGAUGCUGUUGCAAAAAGCACAUCUGCAGUUAACAGUGCGUCAAGGGAGAGACAAAGUGGCAAUAAAUUUGAUAAACCAUCAAUUGCAGACUCAUAUCCUAUGAUGGCUUCAAAUAUAGCCCCACGCUCUGGAAAUGGGCCUGUGUCUGCUGUGCCUCCUGCUACGGGGGCUCCUGCACUGAUAAAAGAUAAUUGGGUGUGUUGUGACAAGUGUCAGAAAUGGCGGCUUCUUCCAUAUGGUACAAACCCGGAGAGCCUACCUGAGAAGUGGCUAUGUAGCAUGCUUAAUUGGCUGCCUGGGAUGAAUCGGUGUAAUGUAAACGAGGAGGAAACAACAGAAAAGACGAAAGCUCUAAUUGCACAGUACCAAGUUCCUGCCCCUGAGAAUCAAAAUCUGCCCAGAAAUCCUGGUUUAAUGGAGGGAGUGGCAUUGCCUAAGCCUCGAAACCCUGACCAAAACCUUGAAAAUUUUGGUUUGCCUGCCAUGCCUAGUGGUGGAAAGAAAAAAAUUGGAGCAAAAGAAUUGCCAAAUGCAACUAAUAAAGAUGGUUCCAUUCAGUUUCCAAACUCUAUGAAGAAAACCAUGCAGGCAUCGGUGAAGAGUAGAAGCUUGAAUGAUGUGAAUCAGUCUCCACUGCCAAGUGAACCUGAUUUGCAGCAGCUAAGCAAGUCCAGUGACAUGGCAGUGGAGAAACGAAAACACAAGUACAGGGAGAAGCAUAGAGAUUUAGAGCGCUCUACUGAGGGAGCAUGUCAAACAGGUGACUUCAAGAAUUUAAAGAUAAAGAAUAGAAGAGACUCUGAUCCAGAUUCUUCUAGAGCUUCCAAGAAAAUCAAGACUGAAGUUAAACAUAUCAAUGAUGAAGGAUGGGCAUCAGACUACAGUGGGGCAGUUGGGGAGGUAGGUCCUAGCUCAAGUGGUGGUUUUCUGACUGCUGCUGCAGGGAAAGAUCAAAUUAAGAACAGGUCACAUGCCGCUUCUAUUACAAAAGCAAAAGAUGAAGCUUUCUUAAAUAGUCGAUCCUUAGAUGUGGGAAACAUUGAUUCUAAAGGUAGAUCAAAAAAGAGAAAACUGAAGGAAUCCUCCGAUUCUCAAAUUCAUAUGGGUUCCAUUCCAGCUACAGGGCAUUAUGUUGAGGAUCAUUCAGUCGCCGUGAAGGAGGAGUUUAGUGAGAACUACCGCAGGAAAGAAAAGAAGGCAAGGACUUCUAAAUCCGAUGGGAAAGAGUCUAGUGCAAGCAAAGGAAGUGGUAGAACAGACAAAAAAAGCAGCCAUGCAAAGAACCAACAACAUAGAAAAGAUAUCGGUAGCAGCUUAACUCACCGGAGUAGGAAUGAUGUGGAUUCCUUGAAAAAAGAUUUGGGAUCUGUACAGGUUCCUAUGGCUGCAACUUCAAGCUCCUCCAAAAUCUCUGGCUCCCAGAAAACCAAAUCCAGCUUUCAGGAAGUUAAAGGUUCACCUGUAGAAUCUGUCUCAUCUUCACCUAUGAGAAUAUUGAAUCCUGAUAAGCUUACAUCAGUACGCAGGGACCUCAUGGGAAAGGAUGAAUCACAAAAUGCUGGUCAUUUUGCCAUAGGUAGCCCAAGAAGGUGCUCAGAUGGCGAAGAUGAUGGUGGGAGUGAUCGAUCUGCAACAGCAAGGAAGGACAAAGUCUCCACUGCGGCUUAUCAUGGGGCCCGUGAGUCUUCUGUGCUUGAUUUCCAGGACAGAGAGAAUGGAAAGCAUUAUCACUCUAAUGGAUCGCACCCAAGAAAGUCAGGGAAGGGAUACUCUUCUUCACUGUCAAAGGACAAGAACAGGAGCUUUGAAUCUGAUUUGGACAUUGGUGAGGCCAAGAAUUCUAAUGUUCUCAGUGAACAGAAAGAUCAUUCACCCUCCCAUGGAAUAAAACCCGGGGAUGGUAAAAACAAGUUGCAGGAGAAAUUUGGGUCUAAAUCUGGUGAAACUGAGAACAAAUAUGUCAGCAAGAAAGAUGUUACUGGAAAAUCUUCCAUUGAGAGCAGUAAAGGGGAAGGUCAGUCGAAUUUUGGGGGGCAUGAUGGCCCAGAUGUUAAGCCAGAAACCAUUUGCAAAAAAGAUGCAAUUUCUACUCCCAAGCAGAAUUCACUGCAAGAUUGUGAUGGUGAAAAGUCAUCAAAGAUUCCUUCUGAAAAAACUGAACGAGUGGAUGCAGGCUCAGUUAGGGGGAGGUCACUACCCUUGCCACCCUCUGGUGGAUUUCAAAAUGAGAUUACGGGUCGUUGUCCCCGACCAGCUGUGGGUUCUCAAAAAGGUAAUGGUGCAGAUAGCUCACAAGUUGAUGCCUCUGAAGGUAAUGAUGCUCUGACAAAUACAAACCAGAAGGUUGAUAAUCAGAAUGGAGCUCAGUAUAUCAGUUCAAGGCAUCUUGCACAGAAUGGGCACAGGGCCAGGGAUAUUGAUGCCCCUAGUCCAGUUAGAAGGGACUCCGGCAGCCAGGCUGGUACUAAUGCUCUGAAAGAGGCUAAAGAUCUAAAACAUCUUGCUGAUCGUGUCAAGAACGCCGGGUCUUCCGAAAGUACAGGGCUUUAUUUCCAAGCGGCUGUCAAAUUUCUUCAUGCUGCAUCUUUGUUGGAGAACAUUGAUAGUGCCAAGCAUAUUGACAUGACUCAGUGCAUGCAAGUGUAUAGUAGCACCGCGAAACUAUGCGAGUUUUGUGCACAUGAAUACGAGAAAGCCAAGGAUAUGGCUGCUGCGGCUUUGGCCUACAAAUGCAUGGAAGUGGCUUAUAUGAGGGUGAUAUACUCCUCGCAUGCCAGUGCAAGCAGAGAUCGUCUUGAGUUGCAAACAGCUUUACAAUUGGUUCCUCCUGGUGAAUCUCCUUCUUCCUCUGCCUCUGAUGUUGAUAACCUAAACAACCCCUCAACGUUAGACAAGGUUGCCUUACCCAAGGGCGUUAGCUCUCCCCAAGUUGCUGGAAAUCAUGUUAUUGCUGCCCGAAACCGUCCCAAUUUUCUCCGGAUGCUCAAUUUUGCUCAGGAUGUAAAUUUUGCAAUGGAAGCGUCGAGGAAAUCGAUGCUUGCAUUUGCAGCUGCUAAUACAAACACGGGAGAUGCUAAGCGUGCAGAGGGUAUAUCUGCCAUUAAAAGGGCUCUUGACUUUCACUUCCAAGACGUGGAGGGAUUACUACGUUUGGUACGGCUCGCGAUGGAUGCUAUCAGCCGUUAAAAAAGGCAAGUAGUUGUGGGAUGAUUCAACCCUAGCAAAAGGUCUAUUGGUGAAUCCUUGGUCUCAUGCCUUAAGGAAGGCAGAAAACGAGUCUGGUCUUGAUACUUCUGCUGAACUGCUCGGAACAUCUGUUGAGCGACUGAUUGUUUCUCUUCAUGUUUCAAAUACAGCGAACGCCUAGUCAUUUUAUUUUAUGUGGUCUCGAAUCUGCUUUCAAGCACUGACAAGUCAUUGUCAAGUACGGCUCUGAUGAAAAGAUUCUGGAGCAGCUUCUGAAAGUGGAUUUACUUCAUCAAGAAUGUGAGGGGCGAUAUAAUAGUUGUAUAUAAGGACUAGAGAACCGAGUUCUAAAAUCAAUAGGGGGUUUGUUUUGAGUCCCAAAACCAGAACUUACAGCUUUGGAGAUUCUUUAUUGUUGAGACUGUUAACUUAUCUUGAUAAUUCGUUAUGUUGAACUUUGUGGAGAAGACUGGCAGCUGCCAGUGUGUGCACAUACUAUCUGAUCUUGAUUCAACAGUUGGGACCACACCGACACUGUAGAAAAGGGUGGAAAAGAUGGAAAUCGUAGGUUGUCUUCACUUUUGUUGUAGUUAGGAUAUCUUCUUUGCGUUAAUAGAGAUGAAAUCAGAUGAAAAAGAAAGAAAAAAAACAUUAUCAGCGAAUUAUUAUCACUGUUAUGCAUGUUAGCUCGAACCUGCUGCGCUUGCCUGAGUUUCUUUCCUCAAAGUGGCGACAAUGUAUAUAUACUAAUCAUUGAAUCGGGAUUAUUGAAGAAUCUGCACGUGUUUCCAUCUGUAAAGAGAAGGGGAUCGGUUGGAUAUUAUUAACUCGGUCCUUCAGAUCUAACAGGUUGAGCAGCGGGGAUAGUUGCGAUUUCUGCAGCCCUAGCGAGUAGACGUAUGAAUUCGGUGUGAUAUUCUCGUUUUGAAUUUUGCCGGAUGUGAUGUGGAUAGUAUAGUUUCCCAACAGUUAGUGAUUAAACGAUUGUUUAGUGAGAGAAAUAACAUUUGUUUAGGUUUACACAAUAAUGUUUAAAAUCAGUUCAGUUAGCGAUGGUUA